AUGGCUGGUGGUCUACCUCUGGAGGUGAACGAUGCAUGGGCUCGUAUUGCUGAGGAAAUGUUAGUACCAGUUUCCGAAAUUAAAAGGAAAAAGGAAACCUUGUUAGCAGCUUUCCGGCUGAAUCAUAAAAAAGUUGUCGCCUCUCUCAAAUCUGGUGCCGGAGAAGACGAGGUGUUUAAACCUAUAUGGGUCUUUUAUGACGCUUUAGCGGCCUUUAUGAUUGACGUGUAUGAGUGCAAGUCGGUACUUGUUACGGCGGACAAAGUCGAUAUAAGUAAAACUUUACCUUAG